AUGACUACCAACGGUAAUGACAGGACAACUCAAUGGAAAACAACAAUUAUAGUCAGCACAUCACUUCAGAAUCAUGACACAUCCAGGAUGCUUCUUGCACAGCACCAUCGGAUCCGAUUCUCAGACGCUGUCAAGUCGGGAUCCAUUGUUUUCCCGCAGUCAGGUAUUGCAUUCCUCAUAAUAAACCCACAAGAACUACCAGAGAACCUUGAGGAAGCAGGACUGUUUGACAAGAUCAAGAAGUUUGUGACGGUUCACCGCAAUAGUUUCCUUCUCCUGCAAGCCCCUUUUUAUGGGAAGAAGGAACUGGACAUCAUGUCAGUGAUACAGCACAGAUUCCUUGGCAGCAAUCUCAGAGUUCUACCUGUACGUAACAACACAGAGAUAGUCAAGGGGAUGCUGACUAUAGCCAAAGCCACCAGUAAGCCCCAUGUUGACAGCGUGCGGGAUCGGAUGUCUCUGGCCAGGGCCCACAUUAUAGAGAGCAGCUCUGUCUGGGAGAUGCUCAGGGACAUAAAGCUGGGGUGA